UCUAUAUAUUAUUAGUUGUAGUUAGUUCAUGAAAUCCGAUACCUAAUAGCAAAAAUGGUUUCCCAAAUAUCAGCACUAUUCAUCACUUUCGUUCUUCUAUUUUUCCUGAGAAAAAUGUAUGUGAUAAAGAUGAGAGGAAGAUCUGCAGAAAGUAAGAAACUUCCUCCGGGUCCGAAGAAGCUACCUAUCAUAGGGAACCUUCACCAGCUCGCCGGAAAAUCGCUUCAUCACUCUCUCCAUCAACUUUCCGAGCAACAUGGAGAAAUCAUGUCGCUGCAACUCGGCUCCGUGCCAACCCUAGUGAUUUCGUCGGCGGACGCCGCCGGAGAGAUCUUCAGAGAUCACGAUCUCGUCUUCUCCGGCCGCCCGGCGCUGUACGCCGCCAGAAAACUCAGCUUCAAUUGCUCCUCCCCGUCGUUCGCGCCGUACGGCGAGUACUGGCGGGAGGUUCGGAAGAUUCUGGUGAUGGAGUUGCUGAGCGCGAAGAGAGUGCAGGAUUUCGCGGCGGUUCGCGACGCCGAGGUAAGUCGUAUGAUUCAUCGGAUCACUGCAUUUUCCGCGACAUUAGUUGACCUAAGCUCGCUCGCACUGUCGCUGUCGAACAACGUUGUUCGGCGCGUGGCUUUUGGGAACAAAGGCGGCGGCGAUGGAGACGAUGAUGAGACGAUGAAGUUUAAUGAAAUUCUUCACCGGGCGCAACAUCUGUUGGGGGAACCUAAUUUAGCGGAUGUGUUUCCGAGAUUGAGUUGGAUCAACAAGGUUAAUGGAUUGGAUGCGAGGCUGGAGAAGACAUUCAAGGAUAUUGACAGCUUUUUUAACAAAGUUAUGGAGGAACACGAUGAACAUAGCCGCCGGCAUAAACAUGAAGAAGACGAAGAAGACAUUGUUCACACGCUUCUCCGAAUCCAAAAGGAUCCAAAUCAGAGUUCUAUUCCCCUCACCAACCAGCACAUUAAGGGCGUUCUUGUGGAUGUUUUUAUAGCGGGAAGUGAUACAUCGGCGGCAACAAUAGUAUGGACAAUGGCGGAGCUUAUCAAGAACCCAUACGCCAUGAGGAAAGCUCAAUUGGAAGUCAGGCAACUCAUGAAUGGAAAAGAGAAAGUCAGCGAGAGUGAUCUUCCCCAACUGAACUACUUGAAAAUGGUGAUCAAAGAAGCCUUGAGAUUCCACCCUCCGGCGCCGUUACUGGUCCCCCGGGAAACCACAGACAAGUGCACCGUCGGCGGCUACCAUAUUCCGGCGAAGACCCGUGUUUUCAUCAACGCCGUGGCCAUCGGGAGGGACCGGAGAGCGUGGGAAAAGCCCGGGGAGUUCUGGCCGGAGAGAUUCUGGGAGAGCGAGGUUGAUUACAGAGGCAAUCACUACGAGCUGAUACCGUUCGGAGCAGGGCGGCGGGGGUGUCCCGGGAUGAACUUCGCCACGCCGCUGGUGGAGCUGGCGGUGGCGAAUCUUCUGUUUAGGUUUGAGUGGAGGCUUCCGGCGGGGAUGGGUGUUGAGGAUAUUGAUAUGGAUGAAGCGUUGGGUAUCACAAUGCAUAAGAAAACUCCACUUUGUUUAGUCGCUUCCAUCUUGCCUUAACUCAAUAGUUCAAGAAUUAUUUUAGAAAUCUUGUCUCACGGACUUUUAAAUAUUUUAAGAUUGUAGAAAUAAAUAUUGAACAAAUAGGGUGGCAAAUCAUGCAUCAUUGUCUUGGUUAGGUUGGAUCUAGUAAUUAUAUCUUUUCUUUUUAA